AGAAAUCUUAAAAAGAAAUGAAUUCAUUCACAUCCAGAAGUUUGGUCCUCGUUGCCCUCAUCUCCUUCGUUACAAUAACAACAACAAAAGGUUUGACACCUGAGGAGCGACUCAUCACCAAUCUGCUUGCAAAUUACACGAAGGAAGCAAGACCAGUAAAAGAUCCAAGACAAAAAGUUGUGGUCACAUUUGGUUUUGAGCUUGUCCAGUUGGUCAAUGUUGAUGUCAGAAAUCAAAUGAUCACAACAAACGUUUGGGUUCGACAAAUUUGGGACAACGAGCUUCUCACGUGGGACCCUAGGGAUUAUGAUCAAAUUCAGACGGUCAGGCUGGACGCAUCCUUAGUCUGGAUUCCAGAUAUUGUCUUGUACAACAGCGCAGAUAAUGAAUUCAGCGGUGGUACUGAUAAAUACAAGACUCCGGUGAUUUUGUCAAGUAAUGGGAGCUGCAGUUGGUUCUGUCCGGCUUCUUUCACCAGUACAUGCCCAAUAGACGUACAGUACUUUCCAUUUGAUCGUCAGAAGUGCGUAUUGAAAUUCGGCUCUUGGACUUACGAGGUAAUAGACCUCGACAUGAAGGAAGAAAAUGGAUCUUCACAAUCUCAGUACAUACAAAGUGCCGAGUGGAAUCUGUACGGAAUCAAAAAACAAAGAAACGCAAAGAAAUACACAUGCUGUAAGCACAAGUUAGCAGAUAUCAGUAUAACAAUUAUCAUGGAUCGGAAGCCUUUAUUUUAUCUUUUCAACCUUGUCAUACCAUGUUUGAUAAUCCUCUCCAUGAUUCUACUCGGCUUCUUCCUUCCUCCGGAGUCGGGUGAAAGGAUCACACUCAGCAUCACAGUGCUGCUGGCUAAUGCUGUCUUUCUUCAGCUGGUCGGAGAGAGCCUCCCAAGAAACUCUGAGACUGUCCCUCUUCUUGGGAAGUUCUACAUAACUAUCAUGGCGGAGAUCUCCAUUUCGCUGAUGCUGACGUGCUGGGUUCUAAACAUUCAUUAUCACGGAUCAGGGAAUUCAGUUAAGGCAGUACCCUUAUGGGCUCGUAUCAUUGUACUACAGUGGCUCGGGUACAUACUCUGUGUGGGUAAACCAGAUGGCAGUUCGCCUGAUAUACCAAACACAGACCUCAGAUACCAUCAAGACGACAGCAAGAGGAGGGGUGUGCCUUUUGCACUCGACUGGGAAACCACCUUUGCACCAGCUGCCAAUUGUCACUGCACAAGAUGUAUCAAUGCAAGGGGAACACAUUACAACGGCGAACGCAGUCCGGACGAGUCUAAACUAAUAGAGGUUCGGUACACCAGAGAUUCGUCUCCUGUGGACUUUCCAGAGACACGGCGAGAAAAACUGCCAAGGGAACCUAAACUCCCAGAGGAAAUUAGCGUACUUGCGAACAGCGUGAAGGAACGUGAAAAAGUUGAGAAAAACCAGCAGGACUGGAAGUACUUUGCCAUGGUAAUGGACAGGUUCUUUUUCUGGUUUUACUCCAUGACUAUUCUGGUCUCGACUUUAACCAUCUUCUUAAGCCGAAGUGACGAGGAAAUUGGAACAUAAACGUAACCAGUUUCGCUGAGGAUGAGAUAGGUUUCCUUCACAGGGACGCAAUAUCCAAAUCUCUGUUGAAAAUUUAGAUUGCAUUAUCUGUGGCAAGUAACUUCUUCAAAAUCAGUGCCACGUCUUCAGUCUAAAAACGUUUGACAAAAGGUGCGCGAUAUUGGUCGCUUAAGCAACAUGGUUAAAGGUAUGAGUUUAGUGGAAAAAUCCAAUGUUGAUAAAAAACUCAGAUGCAUUUGUAAAGUUAGCUAAUUCAAGACUUUAAAUAAAUUAUUUAACAACCAACAUAAAAAUAUAUCCACGCAUGAGCAAAGGCUCUAUUGCCCAGGUAAGUCGAAGCCUGUUUGUAAGGCAAAGUAUAUUGGUGCAAUAUGCCGCAAAAGAAAUCCAAAGUUUAAAGUAGAGCAGUGAUUUUCUUAUUUAUUUUCGAUUUCUAAUACCGGGAACCGACAUAGAUAAUCUUUUAAUACCUUAAUUCAAAAGAUCUGAUGGUCAAUUCUCUUUUUAAUGACUAUUCAUUUUCUUGAGAAUCAGUUGGGAGAUUUUGGUGUUAUCUCAAGGUAACCCCACAUAGAUGAUGGAUCUUUCUCUUCUCGUAAUUUAGGUGAAGUAGAGAUAUUUAGAGAUGUUGAUCGUUUCUCGCUUUUGAAAACUUGAGUGUUAAGGAUCUGAAAGUCGUCUUUUUGAUUCUUAAAUACAAAUAUUGGAGUCCCUGUCCGGGGCUGCAAAUCUUUCAAGGCAGCUGCAGUCAUUCUCGACGUAUGUUACUAAGAAAAGGUCACGAGUCAGUGGAAUGGGCAACCAAUAGUUGUCUCACAAGGAAUUGCCUCACCUUUCACUGGGCUAUUACACUCUUUCACUAUAACAAAAAUCGAUAGUUUUUUGAUGAUUUGGAAACUACACAAUCAAUUCAAUAAUAACAAUAAAUUUAAUUCGGUUACAAUUGAUGCAAGUAUUUGUUUUCCAUAAAUUCAAUAGCUUGCGGAGGAUAUUGGCUAGACUUUACUAUUCCAUAAGUUAGAUGCCUUGUUUUCUCGAAUAGUACCCUUCCCGAAUAGGCGCCUCACCCCUCCUCCCUCACUUUCUUAGAGAGUAGGAAUAAAGAGGAAAACCUGUUUCUUUAUCUCUCUUCUGUAGACUUUUAAGCUUCAGCUACAGUAGCCACCCUCGAAUAAGCAUCCUCCUUCCAACAAGUACCCCUUCUUUUAGCCACCGGGCGCUUAUUCGAGGAAGUACGGCAUUUCAUGCGUAUCUUCAAAUGUUUUAUUAUCUUAAAAUUGUCUCAAUUUUUUUUUUGACAUCAAAGAGCUCAUCAGAAGCGAUGAAAUAUGCUCCCACCGUCAAAAUAUCUUCUGGUUGUUUUUCUUCACAAACAAAAAAUGUUAUUGACAAUUUUAAGUAGCUACGGUUAAGAGCAAUU